AUUUAGUUCAGUGGUAGAGUACUUGCCUAGCAAGCACAAGGCUCUGGGUUCGGUCCUCAGCUCCGGGGGUUGGGGGAUAACAAAAAAAAAAAGGGUGUGGGUGAGUGGAGGUGCAGACUGAGCUUGCCAGGUUUGGAGAAACUACUGUCUCCUACUAUGUUGACAUGCCCCGUGCCUACACCCAAAAUAUAGGUUGUGCAUCCAUUCAUAUGUGGAAAUUAAUAUUUCUGGUAUCUGAGGAGGUGAAACAGACUCAGAUGAGGAAUGCUACUGCCACUGUGUCAGCCUGAGGCAGCGUCUAGGCGUACCCUGUCCAGUGGCCCUUCUGUGGCUGCUCCUGCUUCUACUGCACAGUUUGCCACGUAAGAGUCUCUCGCCAGACUUGGCCUCUCUGUGUUGUUGGUGAUAAUAGCCAUGUGACAUGCCCAUGUGUUAGGAGUUGGACGUUCGUGAUAAAAAGCCAUUUUGUCCAAUGGUUAUCACAGUUACCUUAAAACCAUAGUAAUGUGGCCAGAGAGACGGCUCAGCAGUUAAGAGCACUGGCUUCACUUCCAGAGGACCCACGUUCAACAUGGAGGCCCACAGCCAUCUGUAACUCCAAUUCUAGGAGAACCUCUUUCUUUUUUUAACCUCUGUGAAUACCAGGCACAAAUGUACUGUACAGACAUAUCUGUGCUAAGCAGACAGACAUACAGACAAAAUACCUGUACACAUAAGAUACGAUUUAAUUUUUAAAGAGAACUUAAGUAAUGUGAUAGCUCGUGUCUAUGAUCCCAGUGCAUAAUCACGGAAGCAAGAGAACUGCUGUGAAUUCGAGACAAGCAUGGGCUGUGUAGUGAGUUUCAGGCCAAUUUGAGCCCCAUAGUGAGACACUAUCUCAAAAAACCAGUCAGCCAACCAUACAACAACAACUGUUAAGUCACUGAACAGAGCUAAAGGAACACUGAGACAGUUACUAUGACUCCUUUAAAGUUAGGAACCUGGGUUCUGGGGUGCGGGGUCAGGGAUGGGGGCCCAGCUGUGUGGCCCUACAGUCUGUCAGCACACGGUUUGGACACUGCUACAUGUAUUGUCUGUACCUUUGGAGUUGUACACUGGCUUGUUCUGUCAUCUCUUACCUGUGUCCAAACUGCUAUCCAGAACAUCUCUGUGAGGUCUUCGGUAAGGACUUCCUGAGAGCCUGGGAGAGAAAUUGUUUCGCAGUUUGAGACAGGGUUUUGCUGUGUAGCCCUGGGUGGUUUGGUACUCUGUAUGUAGCCAAGGGAGGCCUUAAAUUAAUGGCCAUUUUCCUGCCUCAGCUUCCCUCCCCCACUGCUUUUGAUUCUAGAAAAGUGCCAUUUUUCCAGCUUAACAGCACCCCACCCCUUCCCCCCAAGAAAAAAAUCAUACUGCAAGACAGGUAGAUCUCUGAGUUAAGGCCAACCCCAAGUCCCUGUGAUGCGAGUGCUUGAAGGCAGAGAGGCUGGAAGAUCUGGAGUUUAAUGUCAUCCUGGCUCUAAUAGAGCCUUUCUCUCAUUAGAAAACCAAACCAAACCAAACCAAACCGAAGCAAAACAAACAAACAAACAAAAGGACCAAAACUAAGUCAUCCUGGCUACAGUAAGAAAAAAAAAAGAAAACUAAAGUGAGAGAGAGAGAAGUAACCAUUAACACUCUGUGUGUGUGGUGUGUUUGUGUGUAUGUGUGGUGUAUGUGGGGGGGGUGUAUGUGUGUAUAUGUAUGUGUGUGUGGGUGUAUGUGCAUGUGGUGUGUGGGUGUGUGUGCAUGUGGUGUGUGUGUGGUGUGUGGGUGUGUGUGGGUGUGUGUGUUGUGUGUGUUUGUGAGUGUGUGUGUAGUGUGUGUGGUGUGUACAGUGUGUGGUCUGUGUAGGUCACAUGGAUCUUUCUAACAAAAACCUCUGGCUGUAUUUUAGCUGUUUCUUUAAGGUUGAGCCUCUGAUCAGCUGGGACCCAGCAGAAGGCAAAGGUUUCUGUUGAUGUCUUCUCACCUGCCCUGGGCUGUGACCGCCCGGGAGAGUUGCUGUCUGACCAGGUCCUGUGUCCUGGAGUAAGGGCUGCACGGUUUACACCUUCAUCCCUACGGUCACAAGAGUGGGAGGCGCACUGGGUGAGAUGUGACUGACAGCUGCGUCAAGCUCCUCCCACCGUGAGGCGCCUGUCUGAUGAGCUGAGAGCCAGAAUAAACUCUGGAACGGUGUUGUCGCUGAGACCAUGCUCACAUUCAUGGCCUCUGAUAGCGAGGAAGAGGUGUGCGAUGAGCGGACGUCCUUGAUGUCAGCCGAGAGCCCUACAUCACGUUCCUGCCAGGACAGCAGGCCAGGCCCAGAGGAUGGAGAGAACACUGCCCAGUGGAGGAGCCAGGAGAACGAGGACGACUGUGAGGAGGACCCGGACCACUAUGCCUGCAGUGGGGUUCCUGGGCGACCAUCGGGCCUGGAGGAGGAGCUGACCCUCAAGUAUGGGGCGAAGCACGUGAUCAUGCUGUUCGUGCCUGUCACGCUGUGCAUGAUUGUGGUGGUGGCCACCAUCAAGUCCGUGCGUUUCUACACGGAGAAGAACGGGCAGCUCAUCUACACGCCCUUCACCGAGGACACACCCUCUGUGGGCCAGCGGCUCCUCAACUCCGUGCUGAACACUCUGAUCAUGAUCAGCGUCAUUGUGGUCAUGACUAUCUUCCUAGUGGUACUCUACAAAUAUCGCUGUUACAAGUUCAUCCAUGGCUGGCUGAUCAUGUCCUCCCUGAUGCUCCUCUUCUUGUUCACCUACAUCUACCUCGGGGAAGUGUUCAAGACCUACAAUGUGGCCAUGGACUACCCCACACUGUUCCUGGCUGUCUGGAACUUCGGGGCAGUGGGCAUGGUGUGCAUCCACUGGAAGGGUCCCCUGGUGCUCCAGCAGGCUUACCUCAUUGUGAUCAGCGCACUCAUGGCCCUGGUGUUCAUCAAGUACCUGCCGGAGUGGUCCGCUUGGGUCAUCUUGGGCGCCAUCUCUGUGUACGAUCUCGUGGCUGUGCUGUGCCCCAAAGGGCCACUGAGGAUGCUGGUGGAAACUGCCCAGGAAAGAAACGAGCCCAUAUUUCCUGCCCUCAUAUACUCAUCUGCCAUGGUGUGGACGGUAGGCAUGGCGAAGCUGGACCCCUCCUCUCAGGGAGCACUGCAGCUCCCUUACGAUCCAGAGAUGGAAGAAGACUCCUAUGACAGUUUUGGGGAACCCUCAUACCCUGAAGCCUUCGAAGCUCCCCAGCCUGGCUACCCAGGGGAAGAGCCGGAGGAGGAGGAGGAAAGGGGUGUAAAGCUUGGUCUGGGAGACUUCAUCUUCUACAGCGUUCUGGUGGGCAAGGCAGCAGCCACAGGCAACGGAGACUGGAGCACGACGCUGGCCUGCUUUAUCGCCAUCCUCAUUGGCUUGUGUCUCACCCUCCUGCUGCUCGCCGUGUUCAAGAAGGCCCUGCCCGCCCUCCCCAUCUCCAUCACCUUCGGGCUCAUCUUUUACUUCUCCACAGACAACCUGGUGCGUCCUUUCAUGGACACGUUGGCCUCCCACCAGCUCUACAUCUGACAGAAGAGCUGCGGCUCUGAGAGCUGUAGGACGCUUCGCCGAAUGCAGGUGUAUAGUUUUACACUCUAGUGCCAUAUAUUUUUUUUUAAAAAAACCUUUCUUUCCUUACAAAAGAAAAAAAAAGAAUAAAAAAGUGUUGUGUUUACUUCGUGACGAGGAAGCAGAAGCCGCCCUUCUGUGCUAGCUGUCUUGUCACCAGACUGAGGCUUGCCCGUCAGAGCAUCUGUGGCACCCGCAGGUGGGAUGCUGGGCCAACAAGCCUAUCUUCAGGGAUGAGGUCACGUGUGUGGAUCAGGUUGGAGAGGACGCAGGCCCCAUCCAGGUCUGUAAUCAAUCCUUCAGGGCUGAGCAGGAGGAACAUGUGCGUCAGUGGGGACCAGGAGGCACGGUCAGGAAGGACGCUAAGCACCAACACCCUGACCAGAGGACAAAAGCCAGUUUGUCGUCAUGAAUGCCCCCAGUGCUUUGUUUGUGAUGUCUGUUACCUUUAGUAUCUUAGAAGCUGAGUCCUGUUCUUAUUUCUGCAGUGGACUGCUGGGAAGUGGCUUAAUGACAAUACCAAUACAUAGAUGUCCCUGCUGGAA